AUGUGGAAGUUCUUGAUUGGAAGGUACUGCUUCGUUGCAGUUCGUCUUUAUUAUGCUGGUUCGAGAUAUAAUUGUGACAUAUGAAGCAGCAGUGCAAAUCAUGUCUACAGUCUUCCUGCAAGAUGUUUCUGUGAGGGAACCUGGAAGUUCUGACAGCUGGACGCGAGGGAGUGAGCAGCCUUUCAACACAAGGCAAGAGGUCUGAUUUGGAAGCUUUAGGGGCCCUACAUCCUGCUGGGAAACAUCCUGAAGCUUUCAAUACAGGCAGAGCUUUCUUGCAUAUCAUGGAAAGGCUCAGAGAGAGUACCAAUGUUCUGUCAGAAGCGGAUUUGCAGUCCAGAAGGGUGAUGCGGAUUUAGGAUGCCGGGCUAAGGUGAACAAAUGAGUAAUCCAGGACAUAGUAGGAUUAGACUGCAGAGCAAAAUCAGCUUUCUGGCACGACUGGACAUUCCAAUUGCAAAAGAAGGAUCAAGGAGAAGAAACUUCUGAAGAUUGCACGCAGAACUAGAAACACUGUACCAGAGACGCUUUGCUGUUUUCAAGCUCUUCGCUCUCAAGUUCUGGAGUUGCUUCUGUUUCCCUGAGAGUAUAAUGUCCUUUUCAUCACCCAGGUUAGAAGUGACUGAACGGGAGCUGCAAAGGUUUUAUUUUGGACUCAGUUUCUCUGCUGUCUUACUAAUUGGAUUUUUUCCAUCUUCUGCAGGAGGAUUAUAAAAGGAUUAGAAAAGGUGUUUUUCUGGGGAGAGGUGGGUAGGGAGCAGAAGUAGCUGUUAUUUUUCCCCCUUUUGGUACUGGGACCAGUGACUUGCCAUUUCUUCCCUGAAGACACUGCCUGUUUAGAAAAGGGAGAAAUAGCAUAACAGAUGAACUUGUAAGACCAUGGAUUCCUUCCCUCCGCAAACUUUGUAUGUGGCUGCUUGUAAAGGAGAUUUUUGCAUACAUAAGCAUCAGCUGAAGAAUAGCAUCCCGGGCUGGAUUUAGAAAAAACAAGCUGCUUGUGUCCUGAUGAAAGGAUAAAUUCUGUUUAAACUGUAAUUGAAAGAUGAGUGGAUGUUGUUCCUGUUUUCAAUUUUGGUGAAAGAAAGGAAGGGCCUGAGCCCCUGAAGUACUCUGCCAGCCAAAACCUGCAUGUUCUACAGCUAAAAUUGGAAAAUGUCUUGGAAGAGAAAUUAUUUUUCUGUAGGUCGGGGGAACGUACAGGGUAUGUUUACCCCACGAAAUACAACCUCGAUAGCACCCAGUAAAGGUCUCAGCAAUGAACCAGGACAGAACAGUUGCUUCCUGAAUAGCGCGUUACAGGUUCUCUGGCACCUGGACAUUUUUCGCCGCAGUUUCCGACAAAUCACAACACACAAAUGUAUGGGUGAUUCUUGCAUCUUCUGUGCUCUCAAGGGUAUCUUCAACCAGUUCCAAUGUAGCAGUGAAAAGGUAUUGCCUUCUGAUGCCCUGCGCACUGCUCUUGCAAAGACAUUUCAGGAUGAGCAACGCUUCCAGCUGGGCAUCAUGGAUGAUGCUGCUGAGUGUUUUGAAAACCUGUUAAUGCGAAUUCACUUCCACAUUGCAGAUGAGACAAAAGAAGAUAUUUGCACUGCACCACAUUGUGUUUCACAUCAGAAGUUUGCAAUGACCUUGUUUGAACAGUGUGUUUGUACUAGCUGUGGUGCCACCUCUGACCCGCUGCCUUUCAUCCAGAUGGUACAUUACAUCUCUACAACCUCACUUUGCAAUCAAGCUAUAUGUAUGCUGGAGAGACGAGAGAAACCCACUCCAGAUAUGUUUGGAGAGCUACUACAGAACGCCAGCACUAUGGGAGACUUACGAAACUGUCCGAGUAACUGUGGGGAAAAGAUCCGUAUUCGUCGUGUGCUGAUGAACUCCCCACAGAUUAUCACCAUUGGCUUGGUUUGGGACUCAGACCACUCUGAUCUCGCUGAGGAUGUUAUUCACAGCCUGGGCACUUGCCUUAAACUGGGAGAUCUCUUUUUCAGGGUAACAGAUGACAGAGCAAAGCACUCAGAGCUGUAUUUGGUGGGAAUGAUCUGUUACUACGGUAAACACUAUUCUACCUUCUUCUUCCAAACUAAAAUCCGCAAGUGGAUGUACUUUGAUGAUGCUCAUGUCAAAGAGAUUGGUCCAAAAUGGAAAGAUGUUGUGACAAAGUGCAUUAAGGGUCAUUAUCAGCCUUUACUGCUGCUAUAUGCAGAUCCAAGAGGAACUCCAGUGUCAACACAGGACUUGCCCCCUCAAGUGGAUUUACAGCAAUAUAGCAGGAUCUGCUAUGAUAGUGAAGACUCGGGGAGAGAACCUUCCAUCUCGAGUGACACCAGGACAGAUUCCUCUACAGACAGCUAUCCUUAUAAACAGGCGCACCAUGAGUCUGUGGUCAGUCGCUUCUCUUCUGACUCGCAGGGGACAGUCAUCUACAAUGUGGAGAAUGACGCAGCUUCACAGAGCAGCAGGGACACAGGACACCUGACUGACAGUGAGUGUAAUCAGAGGCAUAUUUCUAAAAAGGGCUCUCUGGCAGAGCGCAAAAGGAGUUCUAGCCGGUCUCGGCGAAAAGGGGAUGAGGCGCAGUCGUCAGGAUACCAUAGUGAAGGAGAAACCUUGAAGGAGAAACAAGCCCCCAGAACUGCCCCCAAACCAUCCAGCAGCACCAGCAGACUGAGGGAAUUUAAAGAGACAGUCAGCAAUAUGAUCCACAGCAGACCACAGCAGGUUUCUCAAACCAACCAGAAUUCUCCUCGUGGAGGGAGUGGUAUGGAUCAGGCAGAACCACGACCCUCAAAAAGCCUGUCUGCACGUUCUCGAGACUGGGAAAUGGAGAGUACCAGCAGUGAAUCUAAAUCUAGUUCAUCUAGCAGGUACCGGCCAACCUGGAGACCCAAAAGAGAGUCUCUGAACAUAGACAGCAUCUUCAGUAAGGAUAAGAGGAAACAUUGUGGCUACACCCAGCUUAGCCCCUUCUCUGAAGAUGCAGGUAAAGAGCUUAUGGAGAAUGAGGUGAAGGAACGUGCUAUUCAAGAAACGAGACCAAGCCAGUCAAACGUCAGAUAUAAGCGUGGUGUGCUUGGCCGGGGCACGCAACAUACGGUGGAUCAGCAUCCUCAUCUGAUACAGAGGAUGGAGUCUGGCUAUGAGAGCAGCGAACGCAACAGCAACAGCCCAGUUAGUCUGGACACGCCCUUGUCUGAAAUCUCAAGCACCCACAGGGAUGGCCAUAUGAAGCGAGCUGGCGGAUUGGUUCCUGCCUGGCGUAACAUCCCAAAGUCUCACAGUAGUAGCAUCUUGGAAGUGGAGUCUACUUCAUCAACUGGGAGUUGGGCAAACAGCCAGCAGCCCAUUGGAAAUGGUGGUGAGAUGCUUGUCCCAUUAAAGAGUGAACUGGAUGAAUUACAAGAGGAGGUGGCAAGGAGAGCGCAGGAGCAAGAACUACGUAGGAAGCGAGAAAAGGAAAUGGAGGCGGCAAUGGGCUUUAAUCCCCGUCCCAGCAGGUUUAUGGAUCUAGAUGAACUACAGAAUCAGGGGAGGACUGAAGGCUUUGAGAAGUCCAUGCAGGAGGCAGACUCAAUCUUUGAAGAGUCGCUGAAUCAGGAGCAGAAGGGGGAUUGUGCUGCAGCUUUGGCUCUCUGUAACGAAGCUAUAUCUAAACUAAGACUUGCCAUGCAUGAUGCCAGCUCUAGCACUCACAGCAGAGCCCUAGUCGAUAAGAAGCUGCAAAUCAGUAUCCGAAAAGCCCGGAGCCUCCAGGAUCGCAUGCAGCACCAACAGCCAUCGCAGCCGCUGCCGCCGCCUACCUGCCACCCACCACAGGGUGGCACCAUGGCCCAGUCUACAAGUGAACAGACUGGCCCGCUCCAAGUACUGCUGAGCCAGGAGGUACCACUGGAACCCAACAAAGAAGUGGAAUUUGGGUCCAGUUCUUUCUUCCACCCAUCUGCUUCCUGCCAUGAAUUGCACUCAUCAUUAUAUCCAGAGUCUUCUUCCUUGCCCCCUUCUGAAAGCAGUCCAUCCAACAGGACCUCUCCAAAGUUCCAGUCUGCUUCUGCCGAUUUUCAUGACCAAGUUCCCUCUUUUCCCUAUAGGCAAGGGUUGGCAGAGAGGUCUGCGAGAACUGAGAAUGAUGCCCACCAUAGUGUGGAGUUCGUUGAGACUGCAGCCACAGGGCCAAAAGACUAUAGGGAGUGCUGCACUAGCAGCAAGUUAGAAGAGGUUCAUAACAUAACAGCUAUUCUCACACCGCAGUUCAAACCCAAGGCUAACACAGGAAACUCUGGGUCUUUGCCUACUCUGUCUCCCUGUCCACAUCCACCACAAGCAGCAUCUCCUGAAAAAGAUGGCCAGCACAGUCCUUGUUCCAAACUUUCAAGCUCUCCAGUACGGGCCAGCAUUGAUCAUUUAGGGGGCUAUCACGCAAUGACCCCUACAACUUCAUCCCCUUCACUGCAGUGCUCCCUGGAUCCUUUACAGAAAACAAAUCAGUACUCCAGAGCAAACAGCCAUGAGAUUUUAUUACCUUCACAGGAUGAAUAUGGCACAGCAAAAGGCUGCAAAUCUGAGGCUUUUAGUACAAAGGGACAUGUUCGCUCCUUGGCAGAGCAGUUUCAGAAAAUGCAUGCAGGCUCCCAGAGGAAAGGUACUCAUGGAAAAGGCUGGAUCGCUGCAGUGUGUCAGGAAGAGAAGUCUGCAAAUCUCAUACAAAAAUCUUUCAUCAACCCUUCACCCCCUGGUUACAGACAACUAAUCCAUCAAGGCCAAGAGAACAGAAACCAGUCUUCUGAAAAAUUGCACUCUUCUGUGGAUAUUAGGGACGAGGUAGUUUCUUUGGAGGGUUUUAGUGCCCAUCUCGUUGCUUCUAAGAGUCUUUGUCCUCACAGUGAAGAGCUGUGUAGAAGAGGUGGACAGAAUAUAGCGGACCCUGCACCCUACAUGGAAAGGCACUAUCAUGAUGGAGGAAUGAAAGAGGGGGAUGAUGGAGCUACUAGUAGCAUGGUUGCCUCUAUGCCUGUGGACCGUUGGGUGAAUAACGUUACUAGGUAUUACAGUUCUCAGAAGGAUAAUAAGAAUACUGAAUGGCUUCCUGUACCUGGGAGGACUCCAUCCCUUUCUGAUCAGAGAGCAGCUGGAGAUGACUUGAGCAGGAUCCCAGUACACCUGCAUCCACAGUGGAAUCAAGACACAGAACAGGAGCUCUCAGAACUGGAAUCCCUCUAUCAGACUAGUCUGCAGGCAUCUCAGGCCGCUAGGCCUCUCUUGGGAAGACAGGACAGUGCUAGGUAUCCGUUUGACCAAUCAGUCUCUGCAAACCUAAACGUGAAGAAGCUGCAUGCUGGGGCUGGCAUGGGUCUUUCGAAAACCCCAACAGCAGAGAUCGAGCGCAGUCUGUAUGGAUCCAGUGUCUCUUCUGUCUCCGAGGUCAUGUAUACCAGAGAACAUAGAAAACCAGAAGAGGAGGAGAUGUAUAGUGCAGAGAAUUUCCGUCGCAUCGCUCGCAGUCUCAGUGGGACAGUCAUCACAAACAGAGAAGAGACCUUGGUCUCUUCUCACAGUUUUGAAGCACCAAACAUGAGGAAAAUGCCAGUGGAAACCAGCUACCGUUCUUCCAGCUCCACUUCCCUUCCUUUCCCCCAUGAUCCUCCUGUGUUUCCCUUUGAUCCCCAGCACAACCCAAACCAGGUGCAACACCUACCCCAUGAUGUACUGAUGCCCAGCAUGGUGGGCAAGGCACGUAAACCCUCAGGAGAUCAGAAGAACAUCAUCCAGAAACUUUUGGUUGUGCCUGACAGGGGUGAAGCUUUCCAAGGUGAAGACUACCCAGGUGUGGCACUGAGCUAUGGGAGUCUACCUUGUGCGCCCAAAGGCACCCUUUCCCAUGGGCAAAGGCCUCUUGUUAAUCCGCAUUUAGGUGGUGGAGCAUCAAGUGUCACUGGCCGCUGGCUGAACAUGAGCUACACUGCCAGGCAAAAAGCCACCUUGCCAGAUAAACGAACGACGCGCUGGGCGGGGUACGCUGACCAGCCAGCCAAGAGUUUACAGGAAGGCUUCCUCCAGCAGCCCUCACAACGUCAGAUGCAUGAAUCUUAUACUGUCAGUUGCAGGCCGCCACCCAGCACAGACUACAGCACUUUAAGAAUACCACGUGAGCCUUCUUGGGAUCCUGGUGCCCCUCAAGGUUGUCCUGUGCCCCCCUCUUGUACUAAGGCUCCAGGUCCAAGGAGAGUUGACAUGCCCCCAGAGGAAGACUGGCGACAGAACAGCUAUACCCCUCAGCCUGGCAGAAGGCGAACACUGCCAGUUCAUAGGAUGGAUGGGACUUUUUCUUCUGCUUCAGAGGCACACAGAAAUAUGCUGGCCCGAGCGGCAGCUGCUGGCACCAUGCAGAACAACGGCUGGUGAGAUCCCUCCUAUCAGGAUCCACGCACCCUGGUAAAUCCCCCUGUGAACAGACUUUAGCUGUUGCCUGGGUGUAGAUGGUUAGGAGACAGCAAACUUCGUCAGUUGUUAUCUGUGCCGGUUUUGUCUUAAAAUGUAGCUAUAUAGUAUGUGGAAACUAAUUGCACUGUAUUUCUUUCUGACACUACUAAACUGCUGUCUGGAUGGGGAAUCUUAGCUAUACUAAUCCCAGCCUCUCUUAGCAAAAAAGUGCUAGAGGAAAGAUAAGGUUAAGGGGCAUUGGUUACGGGUAAGUUCAGAAGUAUGCACACAUUUUGAAGGAGGAUGGCCAAAAGGACAUUUUUAAGGACUCUUUCGUGAAAUGUAGCUUUGGUAAAUUCUUUGUAUACAAAGCCAGUCCUUUUUUUUUUUCUUUCUCUCCUUCCUCCCUUCUGUUCCUUACUAGGGGAAAAAAACUGACCUGCCUUCUAGGUUCUGAUAAAUGUACAUUUGCCAGGCUGGCAGUGAGUGAGGUGAACCUAAUUUUCAGUGUGCUGAGAUCUUGGGCAGAGAUCACAGCUGUAGUUGCUACUGAGGAAGUGGUAGGGAGACACUGUUCAUCAGUAAACCAGAAAUUUCCCCACUUCCUUAAGGCAACCUAACAAUGCUUCAAACAGAAAAGACUGUUAAUGCUGCACGCUUAAUUAUACCCAUGUAAACACAGAAUAAGUUUAACUAUUUUAGUGUCAAACAUACUUGCUUUUGUAAGUAUUUUUCAAAUAAAUCUAUGAAAAUAGUUCUAUUUACCUGUCUGUGUAUGAGCUUUCUUUGCUAUUUGGCUUUACUUACCAGUUGGCCUGAAAUUACUGGUUUAUUUUUUAUACCGUAACUAAACUGAGUAAGUUGCUUGUUAUAGUCCAUUGACAAAGUUUAUAUAAUAAAUACUUAGAUUGAAGGAUGUGAUGAGGAGUUGUAUAAUUCUGCUACUGGUUUUGCAUUUUCCUGUGUUUCAUCACUACUCUGGGCUUAACUUCCCCCUCUUAAAGAGCAAUAAUAAACAAUGUCUCUUAGAAAAUAUUUUGUGAUGUUGCGGUUGGGGGAGAAAGCCACAAAACAUAUGCAAGGUGGUGUACGCGUUUAGGAGUUUUAAUCUCAUAGAAAAGGGUCUUUAGAAAUGACUGCUGUAGUGAGAAAUGUGGUGUUAUUAAGAGCUGCGCUCCUGGUCUUGCUGAUGCGUUCACGUGUGGCGUUUGGAGUUGUUACAAGUAGAGGAGGGUGGAAGUCGAGGUUAGCAUUGAGAGUGGGACUGCGAAUUUGGUUCUCCUAGCCCAACCAGCCGGUGGAAGGUCUAGGCUGCCCUCUAGUGCUUGGCCCUACGUACUAAUUUGGUCUCACUAUUGUUCUCUGUGUAUUAAUUUUAACUUCCAGUUAAUUUCAGGAUAGUGCACCUCAGUGCUUGAUGGAAUUUUAUCAUUUUUUGCUGUUGAGUCUGAGAUUGAGUCACAUUUAUUAUAAUAAAUGUCUUCUCUAAGUUUCUUGUUUCAAAAUAAUUGCUAUUAUGUCUAUUAUUGUAGCAAUCUUCUGCAACUGCAUGGUGUUGUGUUACACGUUUUUUUGUACGUAACUUCUGCCCACCAGCUCAGGUUACCAGAACAAAAACAUCCUUUUCUUCCCCCCCCCCCUUUCCAAAAAAAAAAAAAAA